AUGUCGCUUCUUCUUGCUCGGCCCGCCUUGUUCCAUGUAAAGACAGACCACAAACCCCUCGUGGGCGUCUUUGCUAAGAAUAUUGUGGAAACGUAUAAUCCCCGAUUGCUGUGCGUCCGCGAAAAAACGUCUCUUUACUCGUACACCGUGUCAUGGAUUCAAGGCAAAGAUAAUGUCAUCGCUGAUGCCCUCUCUCAUCGCCCAGUCUUCGGCCUGGACCCUGACCUCAACUGUGGUCCAGUCCUCCAGUCCAUCACGGCCUCAAUUUCAGCUGUGGCGGCCGGCCCCAACCUCGCCACUAUGCGUGACACGGCCCGCGCUGACCGCGACUACGCCGACACCCUUGACGCCAUUGCCGUGAACGCCAUCCCCGACAACCCCGUGGCGUCCGUAUGGCCACGCCUCAGCGCUGACGACGGCCUCAUUGUGCUGGAUGGCCACCGACUUGUCCCACCCCUGCCAGCCCGGGCAGAAAUUCUGGCACUCCCCCACAGUGGUCACCCUGGUACACAAAAAGCCCUUUGGAAUGCCUCUCAAAUGGUAUUCUGGCCGGGUUUACGGAACAAAAUCAUCCAGCGGGUGGCCGCAUGCGCCGCAUGCCAGUCAGUGCGCCCAUCAUUGCCUGUUGAACCAGAAAUCGUCACAACCGCCAAUCAUCCCAUGCAGAAGUUGGGCGCCCACAUGUUCACAUUCGCCGGGCACGAGUUUUUUUGGGGUGAAUUCGAGGCUUUUUGUGACACGCGCAACAUUCGCCUUGAAACUUCCGCGCCGUACCACCCUGAGUCGAAUGGUUUGGCUGAGGUCACGGUCCAGGAGAUCAAACGCCUCAUGAAAAGGUGCCAUGAGACAGGGGAAGAUUUCGAUGAACAACUGCUGGCAUGGCGCUGCUUGCCACUAGUCGCAGGGGCAUCGCCGGCUCAAGCAUUCUUAGGACGCCGCCCUAGGACCGCUCUCCCGGCUCUGGCCACGCCCCUGCCGGACCUAGACGAGUUCCGCGAACGCCGUCACGCCCAGGCUGCCGCCCACAUCCAUUUUGACCGCCCACGCUUCCCUCUGCCACCAAUCGGCUCCACUGUCUUGGUCCAAGACCCCAAGACCAAACGCUGGCUCAAGCACUACAACGCCCGUUCUGCCAUCAUCCGCUUCGAGAACGGCCGUCAAGCAAGGCGUAACCGGCGCCACCUCAAAUUCAUUGACCCCGAAACGCCUCCUAUGCGCGCCCAGCCCCAAGAGCCGGCUAACCGGCCCUGCCCUCCACACGUUCCGGCUCAGCCGCAACGCCCACAGCGCCAACGUCGAGCGCCAGUGCGCCACAUUGCUAUCUCUAGCCCCUACCAACCUUUCUUUGUUCCCUACAAUUUCCAAACUUUACGGGCCCCUGUUUCUUACGCCUGA